AUACCAGAAGAAAAAGAAGAAGAAGACGAAGGAGAAGAAGCCCCGCCAGAUGGCACUGUGGGAUUUGCGUUUGCUUAAUUCGGUUUCCGGUUUAGUGUCAACGGUUUGACCCAAACAAACGCCGGUGAACACACAUGUGAGGAGAAACUGUUCAGACUGCUGUGUUUCGUGUCUGUUUACAUGUCGUCGUACAGAGACACCGAGCCCGGGAGCUAACCGGUUAGCUCGUGAUGCUAUACCCCACAGGACUUGCGUCUCUUCGUUAGCAAACAUUAUAACUCGUUUGUUUUGGCGUCAUGUCGCCGUGGUUUAAGUCUUGUCAGCGGUGUUUCCUUCACAGCUCGGUCCUUCACAGGGGGUUUCGGUGCCUUUCAGCGGUCACCAACAGACGGGCUGAGCUUCAGCUACACUCCGCUGUUAGCCGGUGGUGCUCCACGGUGCAGGGCCAGGUGAGGGUCCGGUUUGCCCCCAGUCCUACAGGCUUCUUACACCUCGGGGGCCUCCGAACUGCUCUAUACAAUUAUAUCUUUGCAAAAAAGUAUGGAGGCUCAUUUAUCCUGCGACUGGAGGACACUGACCAGAGCAGACUGGUACCGGGAGCUGCAGACUCCAUAGAGGACAUGCUGGAGUGGGCUGGUAUACCUCCAGAUGAGAGUCCUCGUCAAGGCGGGACAGUGGGUCCAUACCUGCAGUCUCAGAGACUGGACCUGUACAGUCAGACAGCCCAGCAGCUAGUGCAGAGUGGCCACGCCUACUACUGUUUCUGCACAUCUCAGAGGCUGGAACUGCUGAAAAAAGAGGCUUUAAGGACUGGACAGACUCCAAGGUAUGACAACAGGUGUCGUCACCUGCGGCCCGACCAGGUCCAGGAUAAACUGGCUCAGGGAGCUUCACAUGUGAUCCGAUUUCGUCUGGAAGUUGGGGUGGAGCCUUUUCAGGAUCUGAUCUUUGGAUGGAAUCGUCAUGAAGUGGCACAGGUGGAGGGGGACCCAGUGGUGAUAAAAGCAGAUGGUUUUCCCACGUAUCACCUCGCUAACAUAGUAGAUGAUCAUUACAUGAAGAUCAGCCACGUGCUGCGAGGCUCUGAGUGGCUCAUCUCCACCUCCAAACAUCUCCUCAUGUACCGGGCUCUUGGGUGGCAGCCGCCCGCCUUCGGACAUCUGCCACUUCUGAUGAACAAAGAUGGCAGUAAACUAUCCAAGAGACAGGGGGACAUAUUCAUUCAAAGCUUCCAGAGAGACGGGAUCCUGCCGGAGGCUCUGCUGGAUAUCACAACCAACUGUGGAUCUGGAUUCAGCACCAAUCGAAUUGGGCGGAGGAUAGAUGAACUGAUAUCUGAGUUCAACCCUUCAAAGAUCACAACUCAUUCUGCUUUGUUAGACCUGGAAAAACUGCCAGAGUUCAACAGAAUCCACCUGCAGCAGCGAAUUGAAGACGAGGAGCAAUGCCGUCUGCUGGUAAAAGACCUGCAAGGACAAAUCCAGGAGGUUCACACAACAGAGAUUCAGGAUAAAGAAGUGCUGCAUGAGGAUUAUAUCAGACGGGUGCUACAUCUUCGUAAGGGUCACAUAUCCUCCCUGAAGGAGCUGGUAAACCCUCUGUACUCUUACCUGUGGGUGCGUCCUUCCUUCUCCUGCCAGCAGGUGGCAGCACUCACUGCGGAGGCCCAGCACAUUGCUUCUUUAAUGCUGAGGUUGAUAGAGGAGCGAGGUGAGGAGCUGUCAGUGGAUGGACUCGGUAAAGACCUGAAGAAUGUGGCUAAGCAGACUAAAGCCACCAAAUACAGAGAAGUGAUGAAGCUGUUACGUCUGGCUCUCAGCGGUCUGGAACAAGGUCCCAGUGUCGCUGAGAUGAUGGUGUCUCUGGGACCUGCAGAGAUCAGUCACCGAUUCCAGAAGCUUCUGCUGCUUUCAGCCAAUAAAGACUGAACAAUCUGUCACCACAUCACCGUACACUUACUCUGCUGACUGAAGGGAACCUGAAGACAGCAGCUUGUUUUGGACUUGGCCCGUACGUUGACAACAACAUGCUUUAACUCACAUGUGUUGAUUCUGCCAAAACUAAACGGGCCACACAGGAAAGGAACUCUUCUCCUCUGACAUGUUGAGUAAUACUUGAAUUAAUGCAAAUAUUUUAUAAACUAACUCUGAGUAUGAUCUGUUUAUUUUCUUCUGGGAGCCUUUAAAGCACAUAUGUCAAACUCAAGGCCCACGAGAUCAUUUUACAUUGAUUUAUUAUUAUUGUUAUUAAUGGCCCGAUAUGAAGCGCUGAUAACACACAAACUACAGAUCCCAUAAUGCAGCGCAACAGCUGCCUUGCGGAAUGAUAGGUUACCUGGAAACAUUUCCGUAUCAUUUAAGUCAAGCGUCUGUUAUUGUCUGCAACCCUAUUGUAACAUCAAAGCUAGCCCUUAAUAAUGGCGAAAAAAAAGUUGAUUCUGGAAACAGAGCCUUUUUAAUUCCAGGACUAUGUGUUUAAGUUACACAUACCUGUGACUAAAUAUGUUGUGCCAUUGUACAAUCACUGUGAUCAGUUGUAAUGCACACAAAUAAAUGUUAAACUGAG